AUGGAGAGAGGCAGCGGCGGCCUGGAAUUGCCGGAAAGUCCGUAUACGAGCGUCUACAUCAGAGAGCAUGAAGUACUUCGUAUACGAUAUAGCAUCAAUGGGGACAGCCUCGGCAGUCCCGCUGAUGGUGACUCAGCGGCCAUGGCCGCUCCCAAGAUUACACUCUACUUCGACAUCGUGAGCCCGUUCGCUCAUAUAGCGUUUCAUGUAUUGAAGCACUCUCCGACCUUCGCCAAGUGCGAUAUUACAUAUGUGCCCAUUUUCCUGAGUGGGUUGUUGAAGGCAUGCGAGAAUACUCCACCCCUCCGGAUCAAGAACAAGGCGCAAUGGACCAACCAAGAACGGCUCCGCUGGGCCCGCUACUUCUCCGUUCCCAUUGUUGAACAAACACCGGCAGGCUUUCCGUCCCUGACUGUGGCAGCGCAGCGUGCUCUGUGCGCCAUCUCGCAAAAGGCGCCGGAACGCUUUGUUCCCGCUAUCGAGGCGCUCUUUCAGUCCUACUGGGUCGAAGGGAAUAGCCAGGUCGGACAACCUGAGGGAUUCGGCCCCGUCCUGGAGAAAGUGCUCGGCAAAGAAGGCGCACAGCAGAUCCUCAACGCCGCGAGCCAAGAUGAGGUCAAAUCGCUCUUGUCGGCCAACACUGAUCGUGCAUUCAAGUCCGGUGCCUUUGGGCUUCCCUGGUUUGAGUGCACGAACUCCAAGGGUGAGACAGAAGGGUUCUGGGGAAACGACCAUCUGGGCCAAGUCGCCGAGUUCUUGGGAUUGGAUCGCAGUCUGGACAAAGGUUUCCGGGCGGUGCUGUAGCCCGUAGGAUAAAGGGCGUAACAUGAUGUCUAAUUUGUCGCUUUCCGAUAUUUUUUCUGCUGUCAUUUCGCAGUUCGCGAUUCUGCUUGCCAUUGGUGUCGUAGCUAGGCGGAUCGUCAAUUUGAAUGUAUGUACAUCGAUUUUCUCAGAUGAGGCCAAGCCUCGGCAAUGUCAUUGCUGCUUCGAAGGCCGCACCGCAUCGCUCUUGUGCCUUUCCUGCAGAAACUCGACGAUUCGCUCCUUGGGCAGCUCAUCAAUCCUGCGGGCUUCUUGCGGAUCGCAGUCUGUCUCUUAUCAGCCAUCAACCAAUCUAUUCAAUCAAUCAAUCGAUAACUAAAUGAACAAACCUUCAACUCCCGUACCUGUACUCUCCUCCGCCUGUUUACUCCCCAUCGUGAUCGAGUACGCCGUAUCC